AUGAGACGCAAACGCGAGGUGAAAGCUAGGGUGGAUUUGGCAGCUGCAGCGCUGUGCAUUGAGUGGGGAUGGCGGGAAGCUAAACGGGGGAAGCGGCCGAAGUGGUAUGUUGGGUGCUGGUUGGGAGGAUUUGAGUGGCCGAUAUUUGUUGGAGUGGAUGGUUUUGCAUACGGCAAGACGGUAUUUGGCGGUACGUUUGAGGAAGCGAUAUCCCGGCAGGCGUGCAGGUAUUUAGUAGUGCGUUUGAGGAAGCGAUGCGGUGGUGUGCGUGCGGGGUAUUUAGUGGUGCGUUUGGCGAAGCGAUGCGGCGGUGUGCGCUGUGUAGCGUUGAGCGUAUACUGCCACGCAGCAAGUGCGCCUAAACGCAAGCAACGGCGCAUCGUCGUGUUAAGGACUGCAUUGGAUUUGGCACCUGCAUCGGUGCAAGCUGAGAAGGAGGCGAAGUGGUAUGUUGGGAGCUGGUUAGCAGGAUUUGAGUGGCCGAUAUUUGUUGAAGUGGAUGGCUUUGCGUACGGCAAGACGGGCAGCUAA